CCACACACGCCAUGGACGAGCAGGAGGCGCGUGACGCGAGUGAGCUGAUGCACCUGUUCACCUCGGGGAACCACCAGCGCAAGGUCGGCGGCACGAAGAUGAACGCAGAGUCCAGCCGCUCUCACUCCGUUUUCAGCGUCCUUCUCGAGGUGUACAACAAGGCUUCCAAGAAAACGACAACCGGCAAGCUGUCGCUGGUGGAUCUCGCGGGCUCAGAGAGGGCCGACAAGACGGGGGCCACCGCGGACCGCCUGAAGGAGGCCCAGAGCAUUAACAAAUCUUUGUCAGCAUUGGGGGACGUGAUCUCGGCGCUUUCCAGGAACGAAAAAUUCAUCCCAUACAGGAACAACAAACUCACCCAGGUGAUGCAAGACUCCUUGGGUGGCAACGCCAAGACGCUCAUGUUCGUCAACAUCUCGCCGGCGGACUACAACCAGGACGAAACCGUGACGGCUCUAACGUACGCCACUCGCGUGAAACUAAUCACGAACACCGCCGAGAAGCAGCAGGAUGGGGAAGAGGUAUCGCGGCUCAAGGAAACUAUCCGCAGGCUGCGUGCAGGGGAACAGCACGACGACCGUGCCUCGGGUGCCAACGGCGACAGGGAUGAGGACGUUGGAAAAGAGGGCAGCUAAGAACGCGAUACCACCAAAAAACAAGAACUUAGUCUGUGCUGUUUUCCUUUCCUCAAGAAAUGACGAAAGAAGAACACGGCCUAUCAAUUGUGUAAUAAAAUAUCGAAUACAUUGUUGAUCGCGCCCUAGGGUCCAGCAUUUCAAUGCUUCCUGGACAAGCAUGCUGAAGAACCACGGUGCGAAAGUAUUAUUUAGGACAAAGUAUAGUCUAGAAGAGAAACGAUGGAUAGUUGGAAUGCACAGCAACGCCGAUUAGCACCCAGAUGUUGUUCAUGAUACAGGACGUUGUGAUAAAAUGCUUGUGUCUGGCAUAAAGGGAGGCUUGUUGAAGGCGUAUACAAAACAAUCGAUGUUUAUUGAAGCCCUCGGAAUUGCCAUGGCGUUCUCUUUGGGGGAUGCGAGGAACAUCACGUAGUACGAGACCUCUCGAACGAGAGAAGAAAUUUUGCACUACGGCUCUGAGACGUUUUGUGGCAGGAGUGUUGAAUUCGUAGACAAUUGGAGACCGAUCUUGUUCGAAACCGUUGGAGGUGUCAUGGCGUUUCUAUUGGGGCACACGGGAAAAGUAAUACGUAGAACGGGGACCCUCGAACCGAAGAAAAAGUUUGAGUGC